AUGGCAAUGCUGAAGCGAAAACGUAGUUUUUGCGCUCAGGUGUGCGACUCUUACAGCGGCACAUCCUCAUUUAGCACCGAUGCGGCUAAAAUCCAUCAGCCCGUUAGUGUUGUUGAGGAACAAGAGAUGCCAGUGAGAAAGAGGAGGAGGACGGAGAGUUUUAAGUCUCUUCAUUUCUGUGACUGGAGCGGCAGCUCAGAUCAAGAUACCGCUGCGAAUGAGAGAAGUACUGAUGACCAGAUUUCUCUACAGUACAGCGCCUGUGCUCUAGAGGAUCAUGGUCUUCAGGAACCUCUUUCCAGCGGUCUUGAUGUCCUUCCUCCUGCAGAUCAACAGGUUCAAACCCCUCCAGCUCCAGUCCACCUCAGUCCAGAACUAGAUCACAACAGGGUGGACGUAACAACUAAGAAUUGGUUUGAGCCUGUUAGUGAGGGAAGUGAUAGUGAGCAGAGCCAGAGGAGGAAGAGUAGUUUUGGAGAGCUGCUCACUCUUCACUGGAGCUGCAGUUCAGGUCAGGGUCAGAAAGUGGAGGAUCAGACCACUGCAGCCGUUAGUGAGAGACACGCUGAGGAUGAACCCAAGCGGACAUCUUUUAACAAUGGCCGAAAGAGAAAACGAAGUUCUCACAGCGCUCAGGUGUAUGACUCCCAUCAGAGUACAACAUCCAGCACCGAUGCGGCUGAAAACCAUCAGCCCGUUAGUGUUGGUGAGGACACUGAGAUGCCAGUGAGAAAGAGGAGGAGGACGGAUAGUUUUGAGAAGUUGCCGUCUCGCCAUCUCGCCAGUGGACUUGAAGUCCUUCCUCCUGCAGAUCAACAGGAUCAAACCCCUCCAGCUCCAGUCCUCCUCAGUCCAGUCAGUCCAGAACCAGUUCACAACAGGGGGGACGUGACAACUGAGGACGACAUUCUGAACCGGUAUGAAAUCGGCAGAAAGCUUGGUGAGGGAGGAUUCGGAUCUGUUUAUGAAGGGAAACGCUUGGCAGAUGACCUUGAGGUAUCGUGGCUGUGA